UGAGAUUGUCUCAUGCAACUGCACGACUAGCCUGACGAACCGUUCAACUCGCUGUGGACGCUGUGUUCAUGGGAUGGGGGCCGAAGCAAGCUGCUGCAAGAAAGAGGAGAUCUUAGAGGUAACGAAUGUGGUGCAUCAGAAAGGAGACGAGGACGUACCAGAUUCGCCAGAUCCCAGAGAUCCUUUUGCAGUCCUGGGCCCACAGGGCACAUCUCAGCCUUCGCUUCACAGUCAGAUCUCUGUCCUCACGGAGGUGCCAAGCCUUCGAGCAGAUCAGGAUCUGAUGCGUGGGAUCUCGCUACACAAAUCUCUCAGGAAGUUUGGCCGAGUGUGGAGGACGAAACCCAGCAGAUUGACAGAAGGAGAUCAUCAAGUGCUCUCGAAGGUUUGUGUCAAGGUUGAUCACUUCGAUGUGUUCAUCUCGCACACCUGGGAGACCAAUGGCCGAUGGAAGAUUUUGGCCAUGAUGCUGCAGCAAGGAUGGCCUUACAUGAUUAUCUUGUGGCUGGUGUAUAGCGCGUUAGCUGGGAGCCUGUUUUUGUACACCGACCUGCUACCGUACAACUCUGUCUUUCCGAUCCAGUCCUUCAACUGGUCAGGUUGGGGCGUGCUUGGGUGCUGGAUGCGAGUGAGCGGCUUGCUGGGAAUGGUCACUGGCCUUUUCAUGGCCCCAUACUGGCCUCGAUGUCGUUCCACUUUGGCCUUUGUGGACGUGGUGAGCAUUGAUCAAAUUGAUCCAGAGAUGACACGCCGCGGGGUCUAUGGAUUGGGCGGUUUUUUUGUCACAUUCCUCUGAGCUUCGAGUGCUUUGGAGCCCACAGCUUUUUUCUCGGCUUUGGUGCAUCUUCGAGCUUGCGGCCUUCCGGAAGGCGAAUCCCAAAGGCAAGAUCGUACUGGCUCCACUGUAUGUGGAAAUGAUCGUUGGGUUUCUGCUGCUUUGGCUGGCCUUUAUGCAGCUUCUCUACUUCUUGCUCCUUCAGGUCCUGCAAUUCUCUUCUUUCAUCUCCUUCGUGGGAAUGGUGCCGGUCAUCCCUUGUAUCCACCAGACGCGGAAGAUUUGUCGUGAGAAGCGGCGACUCUUGAAUGAGCUCAAACAGUUCAACUUGAACGAAGCAGGCUGCAGCGUCGAUUUCGAUCGGAACUUCAUUUUGGCUGGAAUCGAAGAGUGGUAUGGCACGCAGGAGGCGUUCACCGAAUACGUCCGAGGCCCUCUCUUUCGUGAGCUGGUGGCACCCUUGGAGACGCUUCGGGUCCCUGUGCAGUACUGGGUCUUGUUGGGCCUCCAUGAAAUGAGCUCACUGCUGGAGUUCAACGUGGGCUACAUGAGUGGUGGUGCUCCAGUGGACGUUGUACUUGCUCAAUUCUUGAGUUGGCCCAUCAGCAACGUUCUUUGGCGCAUCAUUUCGUUUCGUUUGGGUCUAUUUCUGUGUGAUCGAUGUAGCAGUCGAAUGCCUGGUGCUUGUGGUUUGCUGGACUUCAUGAAGACAUUCUUAAUUUGGGUCGUGACGGUGGUGUUCCUCCUCAGCACUUUUGAAGUGACAGCGGUGGUUGAAAGAUCAAGCUUGGUGGUCGCGAGUGCUGGAGCCUGCGUAACAAUUGCGGUCGCGCUCUUCUCUCUUUGGGCCGCGACGGGAUGAUCAGAUCGAAAGUAGGUUAAGAAUGACCGAGUCCAGAGAAUGCAGGCAGCUAAGCUGCUGAGCAUCAGACUGGAAGCUCGCCAAAAGGGCGAGAGAAAUGCUUCUAUGGAUUUGAUUGCUUUUGCUUUAUUCCUUCCGAAAGUUUUUCCCUUCGGGCAUUGCUUGACUUGAGGUUUCACGGCAGCUGAUCAUCCAUUCUCGCGCAAAAGCAAGCUCUCCGUCUCAGAAACCAUGAUCACAUCCAUCGCUGGGUGAAUUUUUCAGAACACGUUACCACCAGCGUGCGCUAAAACUAAAUAUUUCACUGUAUUCUUGC